AUGAGAACCACUACUCCCUCUGCCUCUCUCCCUCUCCCUCAGUCGCCCAUUUCCAACAGCACGGAAAAAGUUUACACCAUCAACAGUCCUUGUAAGAAAAGAAAAUCACAGUAUGAGCUGAGUGAUCCAAAGUUGCUACCACUGAAAUGCAAGUUUCGCAAACGGUUAUCUUGCCAUGAGGAUGAGUCUGCAACCACAGAAAGUUUAGGAUAUGAUGGCAUCUUCAUGAACAAGACCUCUGGGACGGACAUGGUCAGCAUACCUGAAGAAUUGGACUCUUGUGAGAACACUAUAAGCCUAUUUGGUGGGUGCAUUGAAGUGGACUCAAAAAAUGGAAUUCAGGAACAAUCUUUGAGAAAAAUGUUUGAGAUCCAGACAUCUGCAUCCAGUAGCUCGAGCAACAAUUUUUUACCAGAGGCUUUUAAUUCUUCCCAUAGCAGCGGCACCAGAGAAACUGACAGCUGGGUUAUGCACGAUAUAGAGCAUCAUCAUCCGGAUGUGAUGCUGAAACCACAUAAUGACGACCUGGAAAGGAUAUACAAUGUGCUUGAACAGUAUGAUGACCUAAUGGAGGACGAACUAAUGGCUGGCGAUGUCUUUGGUUCUGCUGCUCAGGUCAUGGAUGAAAAGCUUUAUUCGAAUGGCGUUGACGAUUUUCAGAUUUUGUCAACAGGCCAGACCGGCUAUCACAGUGAGAAGAAGCUAACCAUCGAUCAAGAAUUUGAGCAGUAUUUUUCGAACCUCAUGCUGUAG